AUGUUCUCAAGGGAAGAUAUCACCUCGAUUUUGACGGUCUGGAAAGCCCCAACGUCAGAACCAGAAUGGGAUGGGUUGGGUGUUGGGUACCCUUCUAAAACUACCGAUUCAGGCGUCGUCGAACUGUACGCCAUUGCCUGCGGGAUGAAGUUUGCCCUCGACUUCAUCGACGACGAAGCGUGUUCCGUGUCCGACCAAGAGUCCGCCGCAUCGCCCUUUUUCCCUCCGGAUUCGACACGAACCAUGUCCUAUACGCACGACAGAAAGAUGGAGGUGAUAGUAUUCACGGACUACGUGCGGGCACUCCAGCCCUUGAAGGGCACAGUUCCACACAUUGUAUUGUAG